AUGGUUUCUGGUGGCGUUCGUGUCGCAAGGGCCGCUCACAUCACGGCGACUCUAAGUGUACAAACAUUUGCGGCUCCUGUCCGUAACCCUCACCGAACGUUGUUUUGUAGUUCGUCAACACUUUUUUGCACAAUCCGUAAUGAUAGUCGAUCACGUCUUGAUGAUGAUGAUGCAAUUGUUGUGCGAGAUGAUAAGGGAAACGCAGUGACACGAGUAAAGCGACUCCCUCUCACAUUAAUAGAAGAGGUUCCCCUUCCUCAGCGUAUAUUGACCGAUCUUGAAUUGGUGAUGAUGGCUUGGUGUGAAGAACAUGCACGACAAUAUGCUAUCAUUAUGCUGGCGAUUCGUAUAGCAAUUUUUAUCUUAUUAUUGGUAAUUCUUUACGUGUUUUACCGUACCCAACUAUCCAGUGAACGUAUGCUUCGAGGUGUAGCCCAUAUGCCAGCAGACCUGCGUAUAGGAAGUGUUGUAUAUUUUGAUAUCACUGAAAAUGGUGCCGAUAUUGGUCGAAUAGUUAUCGGACUUCUUAAUGAAAAUUGUCCUCUUUAUUGUGAGUAUUUCCAUCGACGAUGUACUUGUAGUGGAGGUACAGGUGACUCAUUUCGCGGAAUGCGUUUGAGUGCUAUUGUCCCGCGUCACUGUUUGAUUUUUGGUGAUGGAAGGGAAAUGACACAUGAUGUCACUGGGUUUAAUCCACACUAUUUACCCACAGAGUACCUCGGAACAGGAUCAUGGAGAGGGGCUUUGUCCUCUAUUGCGUAUGGUGUUAACAAGGAGAGUCCUAACUUUGCUAUUCAUGUCUCUGCUGGUGACUAUGCCCCACAGAUAUUUGCUAUGGUUAUUGGUGGAUUUGAUGUUAUUGAACGAAUAAAUGCCGCAGGAUCCAAACAUGGAAAUAGUCCUAAAAAAGAAUUUAUUAUUCAAGAAUGUGGUGAGUUAUGUACACUUGCCAAAUCACACAUUGUUCCUAUGCCAUGGAAACUUUAUGAGACUAUUUCUAAGGGAUAUGACGAAGAGAAAUUUGGAAAAAAAAUUGAUCGCGCAGUCCUUGAAAAGUCAGAUGGACACUUCAAUGUUAAAUUAGUGAAGAACGCAACUGGUGAGGAAAACAUGGGGAAAUCAAUGCCUUGGUCGAAACUUAUGAGUUGA